GCCUCACAGCUGCCUUGCCACCAAUGUCCAGCUCCAGAUGGUUCUCCUACGCUCUUCUACUGUAUUUCUCCUAUAUGCUAGCAAUUGCCAGCAGUCUUGCUUCUUCCCAGAACUCUGUCAAUGUCAAGCUCUACUCCAGCUGGCUGAAUCCCCCAUUUGCUUUGCAGAUACUAGAAACAAUUUCAAACCAGAAUGAGUCUCUUUAUUUGCCAACGAUUUUGAAAUUGUUGAACAUCAACGACAUAGAUGCUCUGAGUAUUCAUGAUAUCGAUGCAAUCAACUCAAUUGACUUGUCUGAUGCUUGCGAACUCUCCCCAGUUUUCAACGAUAAAUUUUACUAUGACAACACUUUUAACACUUUAUUAAACAACGAUUCAAAAUUGGUUUAUGAUAUUUACUUAGCAAACCACUAUUAUUCUCCAACAGUUAUAUCCCAUUACAAUUACUAUAAUUCGUCCGUUAUACCUAAUUUCAACAUCCCUCAGUCCUCCCCAAGGGAUUCCUGGAUCCUAUUUGAUGACAAAAUUAUAUCGGAUCCAACUGAUUUAUUCGCUUUGCAAAUCGACAAUAGUAACAACAAUAAUAACAAAAUUAAUGAGUUAAUUUUGCCAUUUGAUAGAGUUAUUGGUAAUUACUCUACAAAUAAUCUUCCUCUUUUGAUUCUUUAUGGUAAUAUUAAUGAUCCCUCAUUUAAAAAUUUCUUUAUUUCUUUAUACCAAAAUGUUUUAGCAAAAAAAUUGAAUUUUGUUUGGAGAUAUAUCCCUGAAUAUAAUACAAAAAUUGAUUAUGAAUUAUUAAGUGGUUAUGGUGUUGAUUUAACUCUAAAAAGAACAGAUUAUAUUGUAAUUGACGAUAGAGAUGUCUUUAACAAUUCAAAUUCAAAUUCAAACUCAAACUCAAAACAAAACUCAAAUAUCGAAAAAAUUGAUACUGAUGACUCUGAUAUCCUAAACACUCAUUUUUCUGAUAUUCAAUCAGUUCCAAAAAAGAGAAUUAAAAACUUAGAUUUAAAAUUAGUCAACUAUGUACUAAAUUACUCUAACAAUUCAUACACAAACUUUAAGAGAUUAAUUCAAAUUUUAAAUGACUUUCCCAAAUUUUCAAAUUUAAUCGCCUUUUCAAAAUCUUUUAAAAUUAACAAAAAAAGAGAUCAAAAAAUUAAAAAUAUAAUCGAUAUAACAAAUUCAAAUUCGAAAAUUGGGUUAUCAAAGGAUUCAAUCGGCCUUUAUAUCAAUGGUAAACCCUUAUCUGAUUCAAAAUUUAAUUUUUUCAACCUAAUUAACUUAUUCAAUAACGAAUUGAACUUGAUUCAUUUUUUGAAAAAAAAUCUAAAACUAUCAACUUUUAAUUCAAAAAGCAUUCUAACAAGAUUUGCCUUUAUGCUAACUUAUCUAAGAAGAAAUUUUAAAUCAAAUUCUAAUAAUCUAUUUAAACGAUUUAAUUUAAAUAAAAAUUCUCACAUAUUAGGCGAUAAGUUUUUUUAUUUAAACGAUAUUGAAAGUGAUUCCUUUUAUAGCCAUUUAAAGAUAGACAGAAGCAUUUUUCUACAACAAUCAAAGGAAAUUCGUCCUGGCCAAUUACCAAACUUAAAGGAAAAUUUAUUUGAUAUGAUUUUUGUUUUAAAUUUAAAUGAUGAUAGCUUAUUAAAUAUCGCAAUGUCAAUAUCCUCCUUAAUUUUAGAUAGAGGGAUUCCCCAAAGAAUUGGAUUUUUACCAAUUUUACAAAAUGCCUCUGAUAAAAAUGAAGAUGAAAAAUUGAUCAAUAAGUUAUUGUUUCACAAAUUUUAUAAAACUGGUUAUAAUGAUCAAGUAAAUUCGAAAAAGGAUUUAUACAGCUUUUUAGAACGACUAAGUAAUUCUCCAGGAAAAGUUAAAAAAGAAUUACUAGAUCACUAUAAUAACAAUGAAGACGACUAUAACCUCGAUGAAUAUGAUAAUUCCUUUUUUUUAAAAAAUUAUGCAAUUAAAAAACCUUAUAUUAUAAUUGAUGGUGUCUUUACUGAAUUCGAUAAAUACAACCAAUGGCAAUAUGCUAUUGCAAAUCAAUUAUACAAAGACGUUAAUUUAAUCGCUAAAAUUAUCCAAGAAAAUCUUUCCUCGAAAAACAAAGAGUUUGAAAAUAAAAAAUUAAUUGAUUAUCUUUAUGAAAAAUCUUUAUCUUCCCGUAAUUUGAAAAUAAUGCCUGAACACGAUAAUAUUAAAGGAAUUGAUGAUGGAAUUAUUGAUGAAGGGUUUACUUAUAAAUUUUUCUCUGAAGAAUUUUUUAAAACAAUCAGAUAUAAUGAAAAAAUUCAAGAAAACACUGUUGAGUUUCAAUACGAAAAAAAAAUAAGAAGAAUUAAUUCCGAACAGAAAAUUCCAAUAACUACUUAUUUAAUUGGUGAUUUUAAUUCAAAACCAUUUUUGAAAGAAGUGGUUGAAUUGCUUAAAAUGGAGUAUAGUCUAUUCGAAUAUGACCAAGAUUAUAAAGCCAGAAUCAAAUUAGUAAAUACCGCUAUAGAUAACUCUAAUUUCAAAAAAAUCAAAGAAUCUCUUACUAAUAAAAAUAUUGGCAAAUCAAUUACAUUAAAGGAUACAAUGGAAUUAGUUGUGGAUAUUAUUGAAAGAAACUCAAAUUUAAUUGAGUUUAAAGAUCAACACAAACAACAUUUUAACAAGGAAGUUAUCAGUUUACUUAAAUCAAUUGAUAUUGAUAUUGAAGCUUAUAAUUAUGCUCCAGUAAUUAUUGUGAACAGCAGAUUGAUUAAAUUUAAUAGUGAAGAAGAAUUGUUCACUGAAAAAGAAAUAGAUUUCUUAGUUCUAUAUGAAAUUGAAAAUAGAUUAAAACCCAUUGAUAUUUUAAGAACAGAUCUUGAUAUUUCGUUUAAAAAUCAGAUUUUGAUAUACCAAAAAACUGAAAUAACCUUAUUUAAAGACUAUUAUGAUUGGUUUGAAUUGUUAUCAACGGUUUUAACCAAGAGCUUUUUUGACACUAACCAAGUUGAUUAUCAGAUUGGUGAAAAAAUCACUAGGUAUGAUUUAUCUUCAAUCACUUAUGAAGAUGUUUCAAUUGAAAUCGGUAAUGAAAAUGCUAAAUCAGUUUUUAGAUCUAAAGAUUUGGCAGAUCUAGAGAUUGUUGCAAUUAUUGAUCCUAUUAGUGAAGAAUCUCAAAAGAUAUUAACAAUGCUAGACGGUUUUACAAAUUUAGCCAGAUUUUCUAAUCUUUGUCAUAUUACUAUUUUACUUCAACCAGAUUUGGAAAUGAGCGAGAUUAGUAUCAAAAGAUUUUAUCGUGGGUUAUAUCUUUCGAAUGUUACAUUUGAUUCUGAUAGUGGGGAAAUUGAUAGAAACAAUUACAAUGCGAAAUUUGAAAAUGUGCCUGAAAAGACAUUAUUUACAUUAGAUAUGGAUGUUUCAACGUCAUGGAUUGUUAUGCCUAAAACAUCGAUUUGGGAUCUUGAUAAUAUUAAACUUGAUUCUACAGAAUUCGGUUAUGUUGAAGGAAUUUAUGAGUUGAGAAAUAUAUUAAUUGAAGGGCAUAGUAAAGAUAUUGAAAAGAAAAUUCCUCCAGUGGGAGCUCAAGUUGAGCUAAUUGAUGUUCAAGAUAAAACAUAUUCAGAUACUAACAUCAUGGCUAAUCUUGGGUAUUUGCAGUUAAAAUCCAACCCUGGGCUAUGGAAGUUUCAAAUUAAACCAAAUUCUAAAUCUAGGGAGAUUUAUUCAAUUAAUGACAUUUUCAUCAUUGACAAUGAGGGAAAAAAGAUUUCUAGGAAUGAUUCAUAUCUUGGUAUUUCAGAUAUGAAUGGAUUGACAAUUUUUCCAAGAUUUGUUAAAAACCCUGGAAUGGAAGGUAGUAGCUUGAUUAUUAAAAAUGAUCAAGAUGCGGAUGAUUUUGAUGCAAGUACAUUUAAGAAAAUAUUGAAUUUAGACGGAAUAGUGAAUAAAUUACCAAGGUUAUUGAAAAAUGUUUUUAAUAAGAUUAGUGGCAAAGAUAAUGAAUUGGUUGGUUCAAAUUAUAAUUUGGAUAAAGCGGAUAUUAAUAUUUUUACAAUUGCAAGUGGACACUUAUAUGAAAGAUUUCUAAGUAUAAUGACAGCAUCUGUUAGAAAACAUACAAAGCAUAGUAUCAAAUUUUGGUUAAUUGAGAAUUUUAUGUCACCAUCAUUCAAGGAAUUUCUACCAUAUUUAGCUAAGAAGUAUGAUUUCAAAUACGAGUUGAUAACAUAUAAAUGGCCAUUUUGGUUAAGACCUCAAAGAGAAAAACAAAGAACGUUUUGGGGCUAUAAGAUAUUGUUUUUAGAUGUGAUUUUCCCUCAAGAUUUAGAUAAAGUGAUAUUUGUUGAUUCAGAUCAAAUUUGCAGAACAGAUUUGAAAGAGUUAGUUGACUUGAAUUUGAAAGGUGCGCCAUAUGGAUAUACACCAAUGUGUGAUUCAAGAAAAGAAAUGGAGGGAUUUCGAUUUUGGAAACAAGGGUAUUGGGCCAAUUUAUUAGGAGAUGAGUAUAAAUACCAUAUCAGCGCGCUUUAUGUGAUUGAUUUGAAAAAAUUCAGAGGAAUUGCAGCUGGAGAUCGGUUAAGACAGCAUUAUCAAUCUUUAUCUGCAGACCCAAAUUCAUUAUCCAAUUUGGACCAAGAUUUGCCAAACAACUUGCAAAAGGAAAUUAAAAUCUUCUCAUUGCCUCAGGACUGGUUAUGGUGCGAGACAUGGUGCUCAGACGAAAGCUUGAGAACUGCUAAAACAAUUGAUCUCUGUAACAAUCCACUCACCAGAGAACCGAAAUUGGAUCGAGCAAGACGUCAAAUCAAAGAAUGGAGCGACUACGACGAUGAGAUCACAGCUUUGCGAGAAGAAGCAAAGCAAAUAAAGGCGGUGGAGCUCAAGGAGGCCGAAAUACAUCUGGUUAGUGCUUCUGAUUCUGCUGAUUCUGCUGCUUCUGAUUCUGAGGAGGACUUUGAUGCGGAUCUUGCGGAUUUCCACGACGAGCUCUGAUCCGCGCCGUAUGCACCAUCUGCAUAACCGUUGAGCUUCCGUGGACGCGGAGACCGGCAUAAACCGCGCUUUCACCGCAAAUUUCAGCUUCGGAAUUGCACUCCAAAAUUUUUUCACCAUUUUUUCAAGAUCAACUCCACGAUUUAUGACUGGUGUAGAACGCAGGUCAUAGAAAAGAGAUAUAUAGUAAAUACACCUUUAUUGUUCCUCUUGUAAAUAUCUUCUUUCAGCUUAUUUAU